AUGAACAUGAAACUUCUUUACGGCGCGUUGCUCAUAGCUCAGGCUGCAGCUGCAGCUAGCAGCCAUGGGACCUUUGUAUCCCCGGCAAACGACGUCAGGUUGAAGUUCCGUUACUGGCUCCCCGAUGCCAGUGUAGAUACCGAUACAGUGGUGAAGGAUAUUGAAGAGGCUGGCGCAAUAGGUGCUGGAGGGUUGGAGCUUCUCGGCCUCUACAACUAUGGCGGUUCGUUGGCACCGCAGCCCGAUGGUGCCAACUGGGCUACUGCAAAGGAUACAGGAAUGAUCUUCGAUUUUGCUCUCGGGCCAAGUCAGGGGCAGGGCGUUCCAGCCAAGACAACUGAUGAGGGGCUUCAUUGGGACUUGGCACCAUUCAAUGUCAGUGUCCCAUCUAAUGGCACAUACAACGGCCAAAUCCCCGGUUGGGGAACUGGCGAGCUUGUUUCUCUGGUAUCUGCGCGGGUCGUGAACACCUCUACGAUCGUCAAUCCCGCAAGCAGUCUCUUUUCCACUCCUGCAAACAAUGCGACUCGCGUGAUUUUGGCAACUGAAUCGCUAGUAGAUUAUACGGAUGUGGUCAGUGCCAAUGGAAUGGUGUCAUUGUCAUUCAAUGUCAGCGAACAUUAUUCCUAUCGUCUCUUUGCCUACUAUCAGUACCAGGACCUUGUGAAGAACCUUGACAUUUACGAGAACACUACAGGAAGCAUUUUCGAUAAUGGCUCCUACACAGUCGAUCACUUCAGCGCUCGUGGUGCUCAAACUACGAUAGAUUUCUGGGAAAACUACAUCUUAAAUGAUACCGAUAUCAAGGCUCUUUUGGAAGAGGUGGGCCGCUAUGGCUGGGAGGACAGCAUCGAAAUCAAGUCUAACAUUUCCUGGUCACCUACCAUUCCAGAUAUUUUUGAGCAGAUCAACGGCUACCAGUUGCGCAAGUUUCUUCCUCUUGUGAUGCAUGGAAAUAACAACCCCGGCGUGCAGCCGUCAUACCCAGGUACUCUGAAAUGCGUCUUGGACAGUGAAGAUCAGGGUCAAGGCUACGUCAAUGACUUUCGUGCUGCUUUAGAAAAGGGAUAUCAAAAUUACUUGGACACGCUUUCUACCUGGCUAGAGGGAUUGGGGUUAGGCUAUUCAGCUCAGGUCUCCUACAAUUUGCCACUCAACAUGGAAGUGAGCAUCAACCACGUGGUUGCUCCGGAAUGUGAGAGUCUUGCAUUCAACAAUAACAUUGAUGGAUACCGUCAGUUCUCGGGUGUCGCAAACCUCGCUCAGAAGAACGUAAUCUCGAAUGAGAUGGGCGCCAAUUUAGAGAAGGCAUUUGCCCUUCCGCUCAGUGAACUACUCGGACAUAUUAAUACGGCUUUUGCCGGUGGCGUUAAUCAGAUAGUGCUACACGGCCAGUCCUAUACUGGUAACUAUCAUGAGACAACGUGGCCAGGGUACACAUCUUUCUUUAUGCUUUUUGCAGAGUCCUACUAUAACAAGCAGCCUGCAUGGGGCCAUGGACUUUCGGACGCCAUCGACUAUGUCAGUCGGAAUCAGUACAUCUUGCAGGCUGGUCAGCCACGAACGGACAUCGCCCUAUACAAUGGAGUUUCAAUGACCGAUCCCCAGCUUGAGACCAUGUAUCCCACCGACGACCUAAUCAAGACAGGUUACACUUACACUUAUCUUUCGCCUGCAAACUUCAAUCUCUCACAAGCGUCUGUGUCAAACGGUCUUUUGGCCUCUGAGUCCCCUGCCUACAAAGCUAUUGUUGUUACGAGCGAUCAGAAUGCCACUUUGGCUGGUGUCAUGAAGCUUCAGCAAUACGCUAAUUCCGGACUACCUGUCAUUCUCAGUGGUGGCUUUCCAGGAUACUAUCACAAUGAAAUCCCUCUUCAUAUUGCUGCGAACCAAACGGUCGCUUUUGCCUUUAGCAACGGAUUGUGGUCUGAAAUCGAGACCCCGUAUUUUCAUGCCUUACGCGUUCCUUCAAACGUCCUUGGAUAUAAUUACAGCACCUCUGGUGGUCUCCUGCUCCACACAUCCACCGAUCCCUGCAAUGACUGCAUUUUUCAACUCAGCAACGGAACUGCCUUUGACCUCUCCCUCAACUCCACCUCUCUUACUUCUCAUUUACGCAACUGGACGCUCAUUGCAGAACACUGGGAAGCCCCAAGCAAUAUAUCAGACGCCGCCAUCCAAGCCGUGAAGCGGAACACAACUCACCACCUCGAAACUCUAGUCUCCUGGCUGGAUAUCCCAGGCCUUCAGAACGCCUCUGGUCUAGGCUACUACUCGACUUCCUUCUCCUGGCCUCCGAACUCUGCUGACAAUGUUGAUGGCGCAUACCUCACCUUCCCCAAAAUUGCCCAAGGCAUCAAGGUGACUGUAAAUGGCCAUGACGUGGGAUCUCUGGAUUUUACCAACCCUAGCAUUGAUAUUGGCCCAUACCUCAUCAGCGGUUCCAAUGAAGUGACUGCCAUUGUUCCCACGCUGAUGUGGAAUUAUAUUCGGAGUAUUUACGAUGAAAUUGAGAUAUCUGGGAUCGCGCCUCUACUGAGUGACCCUUUGCCCGAUCGGGUGGAUAAUGGCUUGAUCGGGGAAGUGAAGAUCAUUCCUUAUAUCAUUUGUCGAUAUAUGAUCUGA